CACGUGACAACCACUUUCGUUAACUUUCUUGUUUUGAUCUGUUAAAGUCAAUCGAGCCAAACGGAGCGUUAUGAAGUAAUAUAAUAAAAUGAAAUCUCCAUGGACCCUGAUCUUUCUCGGCACGCUGCUGUGUGCUCCUACAGCUUGGGCUGUUACGAAGCCUAAUUUCGUCCUAAUGAUGGUGGAUGAUCUGGGAAUAGGAGACCUUGGAUGCUAUGGAAACACAACUCUGAAGACCCCUCACAUUGACAGGCUGGCGGAGGAUGGAGUGAAGCUGACCCAGCACAUCGCAGCCUCUCCUUUGUGUACACCCAGCAGAGCUGCCUUUCUCACCGGCAGAUACCCCAUCCGAUCAGGAAUGGCCAGUCACGGUCUUGUUGGCGUGUAUAUAACCUCUGCCGUAUCUGGUGGCCUUCCUAAGGAGGAGAUCACGUUUGCCAAGAUCGUGAAGGAACAAGGCUAUGCAACAGCUCUGAUUGGAAAAUGGCACUUGGGCCUGAAUUGUAUGCACAACACAGAUCACUGCCACCAUCCCAGUGCUCAUGGUUUUGAGCACUUCUACGGCAUCCCCAUGACCAACCUGCGAGACUGUCAGCCAGGCCACGGCUCAGUCUUGUACAACGUCCGAAACCACAUUCCCUACAGAGAGCUGGGUGCUGCGCUCGCCACUCUGCUCCUCCUCCAUGCUAAAGGACUGGUUCUCAUAUCUCGCAGACUCGUUCUGUGCCUGGGGAUGAUGCUGUUUACAGCCAUAGCUCUGUUUUUCCUGUGGGUGCUCAUGUUCCCCUACUUCAACUGCUUAUUAAUGAGAGGAGACGAGGUGGUGGAGCAGCCAUACGUGUCCGAAAACCUCACGCAGAAGAUGACCAAAGAAGCCAUCGAGUUCCUGGAGAGGAAUUCUGAACGACCGUUCCUGCUCUUCUUCUCCUUCAUACAAGUUCACACAGCUCUCUUCGCUUCUCCUUCCUUCCGGGGUAAAAGCCGGCACGGACUAUACGGAGAUGCGGUGAUGGAAGUGGACUGGAGUGUAGGCCAGAUAAUGAAAUCUCUGGAGCGACUAAAGCUGAAGGAAAAUACACUGGUUUAUUUGACCUCAGAUCAAGGCCCGCACUUAGAGGAGAUAUCCAUCCAUGGCGAGGUGCACAGAGGUUACAACGGCAUAUAUAAAGGAGGGAAAUCAACCAAUUGGGAAGGAGGGAUUAGGGUGCCGGGGAUCCUACACUGGCCGGGAAAAUUACCUGGAGGAAAGGUUAUUGAUGAGGUCACUAGUAACAUGGACCUCUUCCCUAGUGUGGUGAAAUUAGCUGGCGCUAACGUCCCCAGUGAUAGGGAGAUAGAUGGACGUGACCUCAUGCCAUUGCUGCAGGGACGAGUGCAGCGUUCAGAACAUGAAUUUCUGUUCCAUUACUGCAAUGCCUUUCUGAAUGCUGUGAGGUGGCACCCCGCUAACAGUACCUCAAUAUGGAAAGCCUUUUUCUUCACACCUAAUUUCUACCCUGAAAACUCUACCACCUGUUUCCACACGCACACGUGCUUCUGCACAGAGGCCUACGUGACCCGACACGACCCUCCGCUGCUGUACGAUCUUUCGAAAGACCCAUCUGAAAUGAACCCGCUAACCCCAGAUACAGAGCCUGACUUCAGCUCUGUGCUAGAGGUGAUCAUGGAGGCGAAGAGGGUGCACACGCAGGGUGUUGAACCCACCGAGAACCAGCUCUCAGCCACACACAUGCUCUGGAAGCCCUGGCUCCAGCCGUGUUGCUCUUCCAUCUACCAGCUGUGCAAGUGUCAACGAGACUGGCCGAGUGGGAUUAUGGGAAAUGCAGCAACGGGGCAGCGGCGGCAAAACGAAUGAGUCAAUAGCUAUGACUGUGUAAUGAUGCCUACUUUGCAUUUUGGUGCUGUUUUGUCUUUCAAGAUUCAAGAUUUUUAUUUGUCCCAUACACAGUUAUAUAGAGCGUAUAUAACCAGCAGUGAAAUGUGAGUCAGGUCCGCUCCAUGGAUAGUGCAAUUAUUAAAAAAUUCAACACAAAUGAAAAUAUACCUAAAUAUAGCUAUGAAAGAAUGAAAUAAAAGUAAACAGUAAAAAUAUAAGAAUAAAAUAUAAAAAAGAUGUAUACUAGAGAAUUAAAUAUAAAAUGGAAAAUGAUGUGCAUGAAAGUAAACUGUAGUAUUAAAUAUUAAAAUACACAGGGAUGUACAAGAGGCAAAUGUGCAAACAGGUUGACACUUUCAGUAUGUCAGUGUGAUAAAUAUCUUACUGAUAAAGUGAAUAUUAAGUGGAGACAUGAAGAUGUUAAGAGGCUGGUUUUGAGUUUAGGAGCCUGAUGGCCUGGGGGAAGAAACUCCUAAGGCCACGUUCACGAUGCAAGUCUUAAUGCUUAAUUCGGAUAUUUUGCUCUGAUUUUUUUUUUGCUUGUUUGUUCACAUUACCUUUUAAAAAUAUCAGAUACCAGUGUGAACUGUUUGCUGUUUCGAACUGACCCGCAUGCGCAAACGAACAAUAACAAUGAUGUCACACGCAGCACGCCGUUGCGCUAAAGUUGGCGGGGUUAUAGAGGUUGUAAGCAUUUUCGCUUUUCUUUCUAAAUGUGUGUGUAAUGGCAGCACAGAGAUGCAGUGUUUUGAAAAUUUUCGAAUGUCGAGGGCAACAUUUGAUUAUUUGAUCCAUUUUGUAGGCAUAGUCACGUUUGU